UAUUUGAUUAAACACAACGACGAGAAAAACUUAAAAAAAAAAAGAAGAAAAACCAAAAAGAAAAAGAGAUGGUAAUAGAAAAGGAGAUGAAGCUCUGGUUCUUGCUUGCGUUGUUAUGCUAUGGCUUUGGCAAUGCCAAUGGUAGGAGCCUUGCAGACUUAGAAACGUUUAAUGUGAUAAAUUUUGGUGCCCGGGCUGAUGGUGUCACCGAUAACAGCCAGGCAUUUCUCGCAGCAUGGAAGGCUGCAUGCACUUCCACGGGCGCGGUUAAUCUUGUGAUACCAAGCGGUACAUACUUCCUCAACCCCGUGCAAUUCCGUGGACCUUGCAAAAAUGUCCAGUCCUUGACGGUGCAAAUGCAGGGGACUUUGAAAGCCUCGACUGACUUGAACCAAUAUGCGACGGCUCGUGUCUGGGUGGAAUUCGGAUGGGUGGAUCACUUAACUUUGACUGGAGGAGGGACCUUCGAUGGCCAAGGGGAAGUCACUUGGCCACUUAACACAUGUCCUAGGGACCAAAAUUGCAAAAUCCCACCAACUUCGCUGAUGUUUGUAAACAUGAACAACACCAUUGUGAAUCACAUAAAGUCCGUGAAUAGCAAGUUCUUCCACAUUGGAGUGCUCGGCUGCCAGAACUUCCAAGGAAGCAGGAUCCAGAUCACUGCGCCGGCAGAAAGUCCCAAUACCGACGGCAUUCACCUCGAGCGAAACUCCGGCGUGACCAUAUCUGACUCGGAGAUCGCCACCGGCGAUGACUGUGUGUCGGUUGGACAAGGCAACUCUCUUGUCACACUUAAUGGCAUCAGAUGUGGACCGGGUCACGGCAUCAGUGUCGGAAGCUUGGGGAAAUAUCAGAAUGAAAAAGAUGUUCGGGGGCUAAUCGUUCGAGAUUGCUCGCUAACUGAGACGGAUAAUGGCAUACGGAUCAAGACAUGGGCCAACUCUCCCACAAGCAGCGUGUGUGCCAACAUGACAUUCGAGAACAUCGUGAUGAAUAAUGUAGCCAAUCCCAUCAUCAUCGACCAGUCAUACUGCCCCUAUGCCAACUGCAUGUCCUCGGCAUCAUCCAAGGUGAAAAUAAGUGACAUCCAUUUCAGGAACAUUACAGGGACAUCGAAGACCCCGGUUGCGGUGACCCUCAAGUGCAGCCAGAGGGUACCUUGUGAGAAGGUGAGCCUCCAGGAUGUCGACCUCACGUUCACGGGGCAAAACAGCACGUCCGCCACGUGUCUCAACGUCAAGGCCGACUAUAGCGGGACCCAGAACCCCCCUCCCUGCCAGUAACAAGCUCUUACGAACCAAGGACCAAAUAGUAGUCAUUCUUUUGCCACAAUCGGCAGUAUAGUAUUCCUUCGUGCGUUAUACGUGCAUUCAUUCUGCCCAACGUAGCAUGAGGUUGGGUUUUUCUAUAGGCGGGUGAGGUUUUGUGUCGGUUUAUGCUUUCUUCGUGGAAAGUCUAAUAUGCAUACAGAAGAUUGUUAGCCUGUUGAAGUCAUGAAAUGGAUUGUAUGCUGGCUUGCAUAAAGUGGCCGCAUCCGCUGUACUCUAAUGGAAAGUUAUUAUUAUUAUUUUUUUUAAAUA